UGAGUUGUUUUUUCUCAAGCCCGGGCCUUCGUAGAUUGGCAGCAUGGCGCAGGCAUGCUUACGCGCUGAGUGGGAAGCUACUCAGGGAGAAGUUUGCGGGUUAGCAAGCCAUGGAGAAAGGAACAGGGCAGAGACAGCGGCAACACAAGCAUCGAGAGUUUCCAACCGGAAAGUGGACCGCAAGUCGCUCUGCCUGGACUCCCAGCGGACCACCAGCUGGAUCAGCAAAGAGGUGCAACCAUUGGCAAUGAUUUCCGCAGACGCCACGGCGCAUGCAGCACCAAACGGCAUCAUGACCCGCAAGCGCCAGCGGGCGUUGAGAGCAGCCUCCGAUCUGGCCCCAGGAAGCUGCACUGACUUGGAGACGGAGACGGAAGGAAGCAACAACCCAGUGGCAAGUCAGGCUGCAGACGGUUGCCAAGACAGCCAGGUUCAAAGUCUGAUUCCCAAACACAGGCCGAGGGGCCCGCCGAGGGGUGCAUCCAUGACAGCAGCUGCAGCAACAGAUCCAGUGCAGCCCACCUUGGUGGUGGAUGCUGCAGCACAUGCUGAACUCCCCCCAAGCGGCGGCAACGUGCGUGCCGCUGAUGCCCGCAAACGCCAACGGGUGUUGAGAGCAGCCUCUGACCUAGCCCCAGGAAGUCGUACCGAUCUGGAGACGGAGACUGAGGGAAGCGACAACCCAGGGGCAAGUCAGACUGCAGAUCGCCAAAUUGAUAGCCAAGUUCAAAGUCUCAGUCACCCAAAUGUGACUAGGGCGACAUCCAUGACAACAGCGGCAGGUCCAGCCCAGCUUGCCGACGGCAGAUUAGACUCGCUAUCGGCUGCUGUGUUGAGCGGGCAGGCAGAGGGCACAUCCACUUUGGUGGUGGAUGCGGCUGCUCCUGCUGCCCCAAGCGGCAAUGCUGGCAACAUGCAUGCCACUGACGCCCGCAAGCGCCAGCGGGUGUUGAGAGCAGCCUCGGACUUAGCCCCAGGAAGUGAUACCGAAGUGGAGACGGAGACGGAAGGAAGUAACAAUCCAGUGGCAAGUCAGGCUGCAGACUGUUGCCAAGACAGCCAGGUUCAAAGUCUGAGUGCCCCGCACAUGGCGAGGGCGUCAUCCGUGACAGCAGCUGCAGCGACAGAUCCAGUGCAGCCUACUUUAGUGGUGGAUGCUGCAGCACAUGCUGCAGUACCGCCCCCCGGCAACGUGCGUGCCACUGAUUCUCGCAAGCGCCAACGGGCGUUGAGAGCAGCCUCUGAUUUGGCCCCCGGAAGUUGUACUGACGUGGAGAUGGGCGUGGAAGGGAGCAACAGCCUCGUGGCAAGUCAGGCUGCAGACUGUCGUCAAGACAGCCAGCGACAAAGUCUGAGUGCCCCGAACAUGGCGAGGGCGGCAUCCAUGACAGCAGCUGCAGCGACAGAUCCAGUGCAGCCUACUUUGGUGGCGGAUGCUGCAGCACAUGCUGCAGUACCGCCCCCCGGCAACGUGCGUCCCACUGAUUCUCGCAAGCGCCAGCGGGCGUUGAGAGCAGCCUCUGAUUUGGCCCCAGGAAGUUGUACUGACGUGGAGAUGGGCGUGGAAGGGAGCAACAGCCUAGUGGCAAGUCAGGCUGCAGACUGUCGUCAAGACAGCCAGCAACAAAGUCUGAGUACCCCGAACAUGGCGAGGGUGGCAUCGACAGCAGCUGCAGGGACUGAUCCAGUCCAGCCCACUUUGGUGGUACUCAGGAAGGAGGAAAGCAACAGCCCAGUGGCAAGUCAGGCUGCACGCGGUCGUCAGAACAGCCAGGAAAAAAGAUUGGGUGGGGCGGCAUCCAUGACCGCAGCUGCAGCGACAGAUGCAGUCCAGCCCACUUUGGUGGUGAAGGCAGUACUCCGGACGGAGGAAAGCAACAACUCAGUAGCAAGUCAGGCUGCAGGCGGUCGUCAGGACAGCCAGGCAAAGAGUUUGAGUGGGGCGGCAUCCAUGACAGCAGCUGCAGCGACACUCCAGCCCACUUUGGUGGUGGAUGCCACAGCACAUGCUGCAGUAAGUCAGGCUGCAUUCGGUCGUCAAGGCAGCCAGGUACAAAGUUUGAUUGCUCCGCACAUGGCGAGGGUGGCAUCCAUGACAGAAGCCGCAGCAACAGAUCCAGUCCAACUUGCCGACAGCAGAUUGGAUUUGCAAGCGAAUGCUGUGUCGAGUGGGCAAGCAGAGGGCACGCCAACUUUGGUGGAUGCCGCUGCACAUGCCUCAAUUACUGCGGCCCGAUCAGAAGUGCCUGCAGCCAAUGCGAGCGCAAGUGCUAUGGCAAACAUUCCUCCGAUCCUGUCUUUGGCCGAGCAGCUAGUGCUUUCUCAAUGCGUGAGUGAACCUGGUGAGGGGCCAACCUUGCCAGGUGACCCAGACAUGGCUUCUGGCGGCUCGCCCGCGCGCAGCCCCAUGCCCAAGGCCAAGGCUCGACGGCUGGUGGGCAAGCAGCCGCCGGAAAGCCGCGCGGGGUGCCUCCGCUCGGGGUCCGCCAUCUUGCGGGAGCGGAUCGGCCACAUCUUGCAGCCCCGGGAGCGCGGCUUCCUGGUGCGGGUCCAUGGCGACGGUUGGGGCAGCGCAGGCGGCGCAGGCGGCGCAGGCUUCUUAGCCACGGUCACCGAGGCAGACGCGCUCACCUUCACGGUGAUCCGGCGCCCGGGUGGCGACACGCGCGCCUGGGAGGAGACGCACGUGCUGAGGCGUUACUGCACUGUGGUUGCGCGAAGCGCUUCCCAGGAGUGUAACGCAUUGAAAGGUUGGGGGUCUUGAAGUGCCCUUCUAGAACAGAAGGUUGAUGAGGUGCGGGCCUAAACUUGAGGCUUUGCCUACGCACUCCUGUACAGAAAGGGACAGGCGCAGCGUCUGAAAGCCCUUGUGCAGUUACAACAUUUGCUUUCCAUGCCAUGCAUGAAGAUGUGCAAGAUCCC